GGCUCUUAGUCUUAUCAUCUCAAGAUCACCUCACUGCUAAACCUCAUUCAAGAUUCACUUUCUGUUCCAUUGUUAGGACAUAAAAUCAGACACAUCACUGCCUAACCCAUACUACUGUAAGAAAUAAACUGAAUUUGAAGUUCACCCGUCGAUAAGCUUUAACCAAAAAAAAAAAAAGGACAAAAGAAAGAAAGCCUAUGGGAAUUUCUUACAUUGCCUAACUUUAUUCAUUCACUCGCUGAAUAUAAAUUUGUGGGCAGUCCUCCGCCGGCGUAUUGAAUUCCGGCACCGAUGGACCCGUCGGAGAUCAAUGAAAUAAACGACUCUCCGAUCGAGGAAGUCCGGCUGACGGUGCCGACGACGGACGACCCGACGCUGCCGUGUUUGACGUUUCGGACAUGGAUUUUAGGGAUAGUGUCGUGUGCAAUGUUGUCGUUCUUGAAUCAAUUCUUCGGGUAUCGUCAGAAUGCGCUGUCGAUAACCUCGGUGUCGGCUCAGAUUUUGGUCCUCCCGCUGGGGAAGCUCAUGGCGGCGUCCCUGCCGACGAAGGCCAUCGCCAUUCCAGGGACAAAAUGGUCAUUUUCCAUGAAUCCAGGGCCGUUCAAUUUGAAGGAGCAUUGUCUCAUCACCAUAUUCGCCAACGCAGGUACGACAGGUGUCUACGCCAUCGGCACCGUCACCAUUGUCAAGGCUUUUUACCAUCGCCGGCUUAACCCUGUGGCCGCCAUGAUUCUUACACACAGCACUCAGCUUCUCGGGUACGGCUGGGCCGGAAUAUUCCGGAAGUAUCUAGUAGAUUCCCCCUACAUGUGGUGGCCCUCCAAUCUUGUCCAGGUUUCUCUCUUCAGAGCAUUGCACGAUGUCGAAAUCAGGAAGAAAGGAGGCCUGACAAGGCUGCAAUUCUUCAUCAUCGUCCUCGUUCUCAGCUUCUCUUAUUACCUGAUCCCCAAUUAUCUCUUCCCAUCGAUUACGGCCCUCUCCGUCGCCUGUUGGAUAUGGAAAGACUCCGUCACGGCGCAGCAGAUCGGCUCCGGCCUCCACGGCUUAGGCGUCGGCUCCUUCGCGCUCGAUUGGGCAACAGUCGCCGGCUUUCUUGGCAGUCCCCUGGCAACCCCUGGAUUUGCUAUUGUCAACAUGUUGGUUGGUUUUGUAAUAAUUCUCUAUGUAGUAAUGCCGAUUGCCUAUUGGAGCAACUUCUACAACGCGAAGCGAUUCCCGAUCAUUUCCCCUCACGUGUUCGAUUCUCACGGCGCGCCGUACAACAUCUCGGCUAUCCUUAUAGAGAAAAGCUUCGAGUUUAAUCGACAGGGCUACGAUGAUUACAGCAAAGUGAAUCUCAGCAUUUUCUUUGUCCUAACUUACGGCUUGAGCUUCGCGAACUUGGCUGCUACUGUGUCGCAUGUUGCGCUCUUCUACGGCCGGACGAUUUGGCAGCAGACGAAAUCAUCGUUUCAGGACAAGUUCGGAGACGUGCACACGAGAUUGAUGAGGAAGAACUACGACCCUGUUCCUCAAUGGUGGUUCCAUAGCCUCCUGAUUUUAGUCGUUGCGAUGUCUAUGUUCGCCUGCGAAGGCUUCGGACGGCAGCUGCAGCUUCCUUACUGGGGUGUCAUUUUGUCGAUGGCUCUCGCCUUUGUCUUCACGCUUCCUGUCGGCGUCAUUACCGCCACCACCAACCAGCAAGCAGGAUUGAAUGUCAUAUCAGAGAUGAUCAUCGGCUACAUGUAUCCGGGAAAGCCUCUCGCCAACACAACGUUCAAAACCUACGGCACGAUAAGCAUGUCCCAAGCCAUUCUAUUCCUUUCCGAUUUCAAGCUCGGACAUUACAUGAAAAUCCCCCCAAAAUCGAUGUUCCUGGUUCAGCUGGUAGGAACCGUCGUAAGCUCCCUGGUCUACUUCGGCACAGCCUGGUGGCUCCUCACCACAGUCGAGAACAUCUGCGAUACGGCAAAACUCCCCGACGGGAGCCCCUGGACCUGCCCUGGCGACGACGUGUUCUACAACGCUUCCAUAAUAUGGGGCGUAGUUGGGCCUCUCCGUAUGUUCGGGAAACUUGGAUUGUACCCGGCGGUGAACUACUACUUCCUUUUUGGGCUCCUGGCGCCGGUGCCAGUCUGGUUCUUUGCGAGGAAGUACCCGGAGAAGAAAUGGAUCAGGCUGAUCAAUGUCCCGAUCCUGAUAUCGGGCACCGGAGCGAUGCCGGUGGCGAAAGCUGUGAAUUACGUGUGUUGGUUCGCCGUCGGGCUGUUCUUCAACUUGUAUGUGUAUAGGAGAUUUAAGGCCUGGUGGGCACGACACAAUUACAUCCUGUCGGCCGGCCUGGACGCCGGAGUUGCAUUCAUGGCCACAUUGUGUUAUUUCACGCUGCAGUUUAACGGCAUCGGGGGGCCGGAAUGGUGGGGGCUGGAAGUUUCCGAUCACUGCCCGCUGGCGAAUUGCCCGACGGCGCCGGGGAUACGCGUCCAGGGCUGCCCUGUUUUUAAUUAGCAUUGAUUUCGAAAUUUGAACCAAAUGUUUGACAGGGAAGUUAAGUAAAUAAUCUUAUUAUU